UAAAUGCUCUCAGUAGAAAUCACUAUCAAAUGAGUUUAUUUCGAAUACUAAAACUAACUAAACUAAACUAAGAACAAUGUAUAUCAUGGUUGUUUUUCAUAAUUUACGUUUAUUUAUUUGUUAUUAAAUAAAUAUUCAAAACUUUGAAGAUUCUAAAUGAAAAUAAUGAUAAGAGUCGUGUGUUCAACUUUAUGUGUAUUAAUAAUAAUGUCUAUGUGUGGAGGAGCUAAAGAUGUGUUAGUGAAGCACAAGGAGGAGAUAGACUACUCUGAGCUAGCCGGCGAGGCUGAGGUCAACAAACAUAAUAUACUGGAGUUUCUAAAUAAAACGAGAGUCCAGAAAAAGUAUAAAAAGCUAUUCGGUACAUUAUUAAAUAAAUUAACAACGUACACUAAAACCAGACGAAGAGGUUCAACGCGACGCAUAGUCUUCGGAGUUAACACAUCUAUAGCCGCUGUGCCGUGGCAAGUCUCGCUGAGGGAGAAGACGUAUCCUAUAUGCGGUGGUUCUAUUAUCACUGCUAUAUGGCUAUUGACAGCAGCGCACUGCCUCUUGAGAUCCCGACCAAACGACCUGAGUGUUCGACUCGGCUCUUCUUGGAAAACUCAUGGCGGUGAGAUGUAUGACAUAAAGGAGUCAUACGUACAUCCAAAAUACAUUAGGAAUUCAAAAGUUAACGACGUGGGCCUUAUCAAACUAUACUCCCCUCUGCGUUUCUCGGCGAGAGUACUUCCCAUCCGAAUGGUGGAAAAAGGAGUCAGAAUGCUAUCAGAACAAGCUGCUAUCGUAUCCGGGUGGGGAAAAUUAAGAGAAAGUGGUCCAAGCGCUACGUUUUUACAAUCGUCAACGAUUGAGACGAUUGCGAUGAAGCUGUGCCGUCACUCUGGUCUGGAUAGGAAUCCUGUAGAUCCCGCAUCUAUGUUCUGUGCCGGGUCGUUCAGUCAACCUGCACCUGAUGCUUGCCAAGGUGACAGCGGUGGUCCCUUGGUGAGCGAGGGCGUCCUGAUAGGCGUGGUGUCGUGGGGGCUGGGCUGUGCACGAGGGAACUUCCCUGGAGUGUACACUCGGCUUACCAAUCCUGUUAUCUGGGACUGGGUGUAUGGACUCAUCUCUAGAACUCCAAACACUAAUAUGACUCUUUAAUAAACUUAAAGAUCCUCUUGUUCUGACUCCUUUAGUAUAAAAACUAUGUUUUAAUAAAAUCUAUUUCGUUAUAGUA